AUGGAAAGCAGUAACCCAUACUCAUUUCACCUUUUUGGUGAUCUCUGGCUCGAAGACCCUGUCCUGUAUCUCAACGAGAAUGAUCUGGCUAAGUUGGAACAUGUCAUGCCGUACCUUCAUCAACUGGAGACAGAAUUUAAAGCGAGACUUGCAAAAGCAUCAAGAGACAACGAUGGCAAUGAAGGUUUUCGAGAUCGAUUUGAUCUCAUGGUUAAAGCCGAAACAACAGCAUGGAAGCAUUACGGCACUGUACAGGAAACAACGUUCCUCAUCCCGCCAAGCGGCUCUCUUAAUUCACCUGUUGCAUGCCACUUGCAUUGCCCUUCAUUCACAGUGAUUGAUCCAUACAGCCAAGAAACUGCAGAUGAAUCAAAUGUCUGCAUUAAGCAACUGAUAGACAUCGGUUUUUCUCCCGAUCGAUGCGUGUUGUACGACCAUCUCUCUAGGCGCGAAGCGCUUGAUGGGUUUCAGUUCUACCCAGCUGAUAUUCUCCGUAUCCAUGAAUCUUUCACCUUAGAACUUAGAAGCCGAAUGUCCGCCAUUGUGGAUAUAUGUUGGGGGGCCUGUGGAGCUUUUAAGGGUGUCGAAAUAUGGUUGGAAUGGGAGCAGACUAAUCAUUCUGAUGAUGGUAUUUGGAAAGUUAUUCGGUUUGUUACCUUUGUCAAUCAUCCGCAGCGAAUGUUACUUGCCGGAAUGUCUAUUGACGAACAAUUCUACACUAAAACCCAUAAACCAGGAACCUAUGGGAGGCUUACCACAUGGCAGUACAAGAGGCAGCAAAGCAUGAACGCUUCCGCAAUCGCCGAAAUCUCCAGUUGCACGCCAUUCGUAUUAAAUACAAAUAUGCCAAACAUAGAAACAUCUUUACCGGCCAGUUUCACCGAAUUUAGACAAACAUUGGGGGUGCCAAGAGAUCAUAACAUGGACGAUUUCUUUCAGAAUAUAAAACGAGAACCGCUUGCGCUAUUUCCCGAACUUGGAAAACCGACGGACCACAAAGGCCUGUACUACCUGGCAUCCGCACUCGUAUCCAAUGGCGCCGAUUUAGGGCAAGCGCUUUUGAUAUGUGGACUGAGCUACUCUAAUAUUGCCCAUUGCGAAGAGUUCCUAGAUUGGAAUGAUAUCCCUGUUCAGCUUCGAGUUUGGAUUGAGAAUCAACGUGGAUUGAAAAUUAAUAUGAAGGCUGUCGAAAGUAUAGACGACCUUCAGAGAGUACACAGAUUGCUUUGUCGAACACAGCCGAAAGUGACUCUCCAAAGCCAUGGGGCUAUUGGCGUUGCUUUAGAUAUCUCCAUACGAUAUUUCAAACAAAUCGAGCACAUAGGGCAAGAUGCAAGUAAGAUUGCAGAUCUGGUCUUCGAAAAUCCUUCCUUGUGCGAAGCCAUGCCUCGAAAAUGUGGGCUUUGUAAUCAGAGUAUUCUUGAUGAUGCCUUUCCUCGGUUUAAAAGGCUUGAUCCUCAAAGAUAUGUGCUUCGAUUCCUCCAAAAUGGGUGCGGACUCCCAGGCUGCCCAGGUAACCAGCUGAGUGCCUGGGCCAUACCAGCAGACCCCUCGGUGAAGUACACUCGACCAGACCGGAACAAGCUCGUCGCCCUCCCAAGAAAAUCAAACUGGGAGGCAUAUUUUCUACGGAAUGGUGUAGAAAAUGGAUCUCUUCCUGAAAAUGUGACGCUUGUGUGUCGCCGCUGUCGUACGCAGUUGUUUGACGAUACCGAGCCGCGCUGGACGAGGGAGUCCACCCCUCGCUAUGUUCUACGGCGACCCAAUUGCAAGACCUGCAAUAAGAAGAACACUAAUUGGUCACCACAAAAUACUUCGAUUCUUUGGGUAGACUCGUCAAAACUUUCGCGGAAGUGGGCAAGCCUCUUGAAACAACCCGCGUUUGAUCCAGAAGAUGUUCUCAAGAAUCCAGACUGGUAUUUUCCAACGGCUGAAGCGCAAAAGGCAGAUCAUCAAUAA